AUGGGGAACGGCCAGUCUCGCGACGGGUUCGAAGGUGUGUUGCCGUCCGAGUCGGGGGUGAAAGCCACUGGAACAGCAAAUCCUGAGUCGCCUACGAUUUCUGACGCUUGGACUGCUACAACGACCGAUUCCAGUGCUGUGGUAGAUCCUGAUGCCGAAGUUCCUCCGGUUUUUGUCGGGAAGAUCGUUCCGCCUGGUCACGCGCUGCAACAGGAGGAAGAUACUUCGCGUCUGCGUCUUGAAGCAAGUGAUGUCGCUCGUGCAUUUAACAACACCGACAGAGUUGAUGACCCCUUUGUGAUACCGGAGAGCGUACGGAAGUCUCGGACACUGGAUGCAUACGCCGACGUGUGCUCCGAGAUUUUACCGGGAUUUUUGUUUGUGAGUAACUUUCGAGUUGCAUGGGAUACGGCAAAGCUGCGAGCACUUGGAAUCACACAUGUAAUUAACUGCUGUGGGGAGCUGAAACAGUACGAAGAUGGCGUUGAAAAGCCUGAAAUACCAGCGUUUAACACAUUAAGGUUGUUGUUAAGAGAUGACGCAAACGAAGACCUGACACCAUUCUUUCCUCAAGUAAUGGAAUACAUUGCCACUUCUCGACAGCGAUCUGAGAAUGGCACAAAGGAAAAGGUUCUCGUGCACUGUCACCAAGGUGUUUCUCGCUCUUGUGCAAUUGCCAUAGCGUACGUCAUGCUGGAGCAACAACUGUCAUACCGUGACGCUGCUGCAAUGGUAAAGCGCCAACGUGCAAUCUCGAGUCCAAAUGCUGCAUUCAUUUGCCAACUUCUGGAGUGGGAAAAAGAUUUGCAGGCGAUGAGAACAUGUGAGAACGAGACUACUAGUUUAACUUUAGGAGGGCUGUAUCGCCUGACUCCUCACGCUAACUAUGAUCCAGAAUGCCUUGUGCUUAAGCGUUGCUAUGAGACUAGUACGGGGUCUGCUCGGCAACGACAGAAUAUGGCAAAUGUGAAAACACCAGACGACGAACAAAGACUACUUUGGUCUCAUGGCACUUUUGUGUUUCAAAGCCCAACAACUGCCACUGAUUUAAUUGUCUGGAAAGGCUCUGAGUGUGAGAUUUCCGAAGCAAUGCCAAGAGCAAAAGAACUUGCACAUCAAUUGUUACGUUUGCAGGAACUUGUUCAGCAUUCCGACGCUACAAUGCAAAUGAGGAUAGUCGAGGUACAGGACCACGCAGGAUCGGGAAUCGACCACUUUGGCUACACUACUGAGUUGCAAUGGAGUCGGGAAUCAGUGUCUAAAAUGCCAUUACUUCUGCCCACGAAUGAAGACGCUGGCACCUCUACAACCAACGGUACCAGUGCUGAUAAGUUGGAAGAGAGAGCUACAGAUGCCGAGUCCGUUCCUCAACUCUUCAUUCUAGAAACUAUUGGAGAAUACGGCGAUGACUCGUGGGACCAGCUGACAAACUACGAUUCGGAAGACUUGACAUCAGACAGCGCCUUCCUGCUUUGCUCGAUUAGGUCGGAGGGAGUUGCUGAAGCUUACGUGUGGAUUGGUACCAGCUGCAACUAUACACCCGACAUGAUCAUUCAAGCAUCGCAAAAGCACAUACAGAUCCUGUUAAAAAGAGACUCGUCACCGUCACUGAUAGUUGAGCAUCAGAACCAAGAAAGCGACGAGUUUUGGGAACUCUUCGAAGCGGGAUAUUAG